AGCCAGGAAGAACAACAAGGUUAAGCGGGGGAGGGGGGGGAGAGAUUGUUCCCUAUUUUCCCCUUUGCCUGGUUCCUCAACUUCCUUUGUGUGAUUGGUUGAGCAACUAGACUAUGUUCCAAAAGGUAUCAUAGAAAUGGACCAGUUUUUUUACAAUCUGCUUCCUAAAAGGGCUAGUUAUAAGCAAUGUUAUAAAAUGUUCAGAUGAUCACUUUUCCCAGUCAUAGAAGGGCGAGUUGCAAGAAACCUUUUGCUUUUAUGGGGCCACAGGCUUAUCUUUUCUCCAAAGAGAAACGUAGUUGAUGUACUUGAUGGGAUCCCUUUACAGCACCAGCAAGCAAGGAGUUAACUAAGCAGCACUUUAAAAGAGGAAAUGAAGGCACCCACGGUCUAAUUAUACUGAAAGCACUGCAGAAUUAUGACUAAAAGCAGAGAAGUUUCAAGGAGUGUCUAGCUUUGAGCCGAUUUACUUUCCUGGUGUCUUUUGAAGAUUAAGAUGUUGCACAAUAUAGCUCUGCUGUCCACUGUUACUGUUUUGGGUGUGCUGGAACAAGCCUAUUUUGCCAUUCAGGUGAUCACCUUUCGGCGGAAGUUCAAAGUCUCUCCUCCCAUCACUUCAGGCCCACCAGAAUUUGAAAGGAUCUUCAGAGCACAAGCAAAUUGCUCAGAAUAUUUCCCAAUAUUUCUCUCCCUCUUAUGGGUGGCUGGAGUCUUUUCUCAUCAAGUUUUGGCUGCAUUCUGUGGAGUAAUUUACCUGUAUGCUCGCUAUCAAUACUUCAGAGGAUAUAUGCAUUCUGCUGAAAGAAGAUUGGGCCCCAUGUAUUUCAGCACUGGAGUUCUUUUCAUUCUUAUUGGCUUGUCCAUGGUGGGAUUACUUGCCCAUUUUGUGCGAUACUUUUGAUUCCUCAAAAGUACUUUGAAAUCAGCCAUUCAUCCCUUUCAACUGACAAAAUGAUGAUUUGCGCCUUAGUUUUAAACUUUCAUUUCUCCUUUUUCCCACCGAAAUAAAAGCAGUUUUGCACAUCAGCCUUUUCAAACUAUAAUUUUCUAGAAAUGUAAUUUUGUUUUCUGUUAAUGUUCCUAUGUGUUUUCUCCACAGUAGUAUUGUUACCGUAUUUUCGGAGUAUAAGACGCACCAGAGUAUAAGAUGCACCUUAAUUUUUUUGGGGGGGAAAUAAGAAAAAAUCUGAUUGGAGGGUGGAUCAGCCUCCCGGAAUACCCCCAAUCAGCUGUUCCUAGAGCUGAAUUUUAGCAACAGGGUCCUUGGUUGUGAGCUCUGUGCCUUGCUUUUUUUUUCAACCUCUGAAACUUUUGAAACUGUGUUUCAGAAAAAACUUUUUUUUCUGCCUCUGAAAACCUCUGAAACAGAGCUUCAGAAAAAAAGCCUCUGAAACUUCAAAAAGCUUUGUUUCGGAGGCUUUUUUUUCUGAAGCUUCCUUUCAGAGGUUUUUUUCCUGAAGGUCUGUUUGGAGGCUUUUUCUCUGAAGCUUCAUUUCUGAGGCUUUUUUCAGCCUCUGUUUGAGAGGCUGGGCAGGGCUACAUUUGGAGUAUAAGACGCAGCCAGAUUUUCACCCUCUUUUUUGGGGGAAAAAGGUGUGUUUUAUACUCCAAAAAAUACAGCAUAUUUCCUGUGCUUAAAAAAAUUGUUAAGUUGUAACAGACAUAGUUACAAAGUAAAAUUCUGAAUAAUACAUAAUCUAUGAUGCUUUGAACAAGAAACAUGAGGCAUCAAGAGAGCCAGUCAAGGUCUGGAUUCAGUGCAGUUGGAAUCAAAGUCUUGUAUUAAGACAUUAUGCUCCUGGGAUCCAGUCUACUGAAAGACAACCAGAAUUAAGUCUGAGUCAAACUAGCUUGAAAUGAUAGUUAGGAACCAUGGAUGAAACCGAGGUUUCUUUUAAAGAACCCUUAUUGGGCUUUUCUCAGAACAGACACAUCCAGUUGCAGGAAUGAGGUUAUAUAUGAAUAAGUGGAUGAAAAGAUUUACUCUUUUACCAUAUUUUUCAAUUAUUAAGCUGAUUUUGUCUUCAUUAUAAUUCUAACUGACUUUCACCUCACGAUCAGGAGGCUGUGAGUUCAAUCCUAGGUAGCGGCAGAUAUUUCUCUCUGUGGGCGCAAAGAGAAAAUAUUUGCUGUGAGCUCCGUGUAGGCAUCAGGAAUGGCAUCUGGCCCUAUAAAUGCUCAGCUCCAUUUGGUCACCCCAACUCCAACCCGAUGCAAGGGAUUACAGGGUCAUUAAAACAAAACAAAAAAUUGUCUUGAUUAUAUUCUUUUCUCUCUUGUAUUCAUAUUGUUUUAAAAUAGUUACACUUUUGGGAACUAUAGGUACUAUUUUAACUAUAGCCCCGCGUACUGGGGUGGAUCCAGUCUGGUGAGGGAAGAGUUAGGUCCUAGGACACUCUAUUAUGGAGUGAUUUGGGGCUUCCCUAUCCUCUUUACUACUAUAUGAAGUUGGAAGAAGCCAUGGGAGUUCACAAUGUGGUACCAUCCAUAUACAGAUGAUCCCACGUGAACAUCUCCAUUUGGAGCAAAUUGAAGAUGCAGAAGGUGUCCUGAGCAGUACCGGGAGGCUAUCAGGAUUUGGAUGGGGAGAAACGGGCUCAGAAUCAAGCAGAACAACUGCUAAUUUAGAAGCCAAGAUUUUCUGUGGCUGUAACGUUUUAAAGCUUACUGAAGUUAAGCCACAGAAAGAGCACAUUGGCAACUUGAGAAUUCAUAGAUUUAUAUGGAGAUUCUCGGUUGUCCAGGUUAUGGUUGUCCCAAAGGUGCUUUUCAAAAGGCAACUUUGUUUUUUCCUUGAAGACAUUUCACUUUUCAUCCAAGAAGCUUCUUCAGUUCAGAACUGAAGUGAACUGAAGAACUGAAGAAGCCUCUCAGAUGAGAAGUGAAAUGUCUUCAAGGAAAAAACCAAAGCAAUCCAGUUGUCUUUUGAAAAGCACUUUUGGGACUCCUGAAGUUAUAGCAUCCUCUAAAGGAGCAGUUGGGUGCCAUGACCAAGAAAGCAUUUGCUUUGCUUAAGCUAAUGUGCAGAGGUAAUGGAGGUCCUACUGGGAGAUUGGCAAGGUAGAAAUGAGUAGCAAUGUGUGCCAAAUUCUGUAUUUCCAUAUAAUAGCUGCACAGUGAAAUGCAUUUGAGUAUUUAGCACAUUAAAUCAGCUAACUUUAAACUAGUGGGAGAACUCUUUUCUGUUCUCAGCUAGAAUCACCUGAUGUAAACAAGGCACUCAUUGUCCUUAGUGUGGCCUUUCAAGGAUAAGAGAAGAUAAAAGAUAAAUUUUGUCUUGUUUUUGGCAAGGACAGGUAGACCACGGUGAUAAAAUAUACCAAUCCACCCUGUCCUUGGCAGAGAUGAGCAGAAAUAUUGUAUAUAGGUGUGAUUAUUACCUAUGAUCUACUAUAUAUAAACCAGUCAGAAGCUGUUGUAGAGUGGAACAGGCCUAAUCUGGGAGUUAAUGUACACUUGCUGACUUGGAGAAGUUUCCUGACUAACAGAAGGAGUGCAAGGUUUCUUCAUCUUUCUUAGAUAUUAGUAUUAUGCUCUUUGUAAAUUGUAUUUGAUUGUUUUCUCCUUUGUGUUUCAUAUUACCUUGGAAUAAAACCUUGAUUACUCAUACUGGUGUCCUUAUUGCCUCUGAAUCCAAAAGUAGAUGCAACUCAAACAGGGCAGUCAUUUUCCUGCAAUAGGAUGUACUUUGGGUUGUAAUAGUGGUUAGGAUUGGAAUUCCUAUAACUGAGUGAUGUGGUUAUGAAAGCAACAGCAAACCCAGAGGCUAUGCGGGUCAUUAAAAGAGGACUCAGGUGACUGAAAUUCUACGCAAGCAAUGCCGCAGGUGGAUGCUAAUGAACAUAGGUGGGCUGGCAGGCACUUUGGAACAUGGGUGGGUAGGUGGGUACUGUGGAAUACAAGAUUCCUGGGAUCUCAUCCUUUGCAGAAGGACUCUUAACAGAAAAGAAGUGGGAGUGACUUGUAGCCUUCCCUGCUACUUUCACCUUUGACUUUGCUUGUGGGAAGCCGUCAGGGAAGAUUGCAAAUGAAGAUCAUGUGGCCACAGCACACUGCAAUAUUGCAAUCAUAAGCUGGGCACCUGAGCGCUCAGAUUGUGAUCAUACAAUUGGGGGGAACUUGCGAUGACCAGAACACCCGAUGACUAGAUGUAAGUCCCCUUUCUUCAGCGCCAUCAUAACUGAAUGAUCAUUGAACAGAACUGUCAAAAUCCAAGAACCAACUUUAGUGGGGACAGCAAGUCAUAUCCUGGUCAUAAUUCAUUCUAUAAGGGGUUGCCCUUGGCUUCAGCAGGUCUAAACUACAGCAGCCCAUAUUUAUAUUGAUCAGUCUCAUUACUGAUAAAUCACACCACUGAGUAUCUGCUACAAAGCAUGCACAAGCCUCUGAUCUACCAAAUCACCACCUGCCAUUUGUAUGCUACGUGCGUCUAUUCAUAUUUGUCCUUUCAUAUCGAUUUGAGGCCCAGAAGGUUUUUAGAAAUAAAAGUGAUUCUGGAAGAUAGCUGUGUAUUUCAGAGCAUGCCAGUUUCCUAUUUCUUUUAAUUAAAAUAAUGUCUUGGAAAUAUAAAAUGUCAACUGAAACAGAAAGACUAGUGAGUGGCCUAAAGAUGCCUAGAAGUAUACUGACAUCCCUUGAUGUUAAGCUGGGAAUUGUACUUCUAGAUCUUUUUGACAACUUGGAGAAAUCACUAGAUUCAGACAAUAUUAACUUAAGAGUUUUAAAAGAUACCAAAUGUAAAGUUGCAAUUCUUCUCACAAAAUAUGAUCCAGGUCUUUAAAAUCUUACCAAAGAACUGAAAAGUGACCAAUCUAAAAGAUUCAGUAAAUUAUAGGCCUGUUAGAUUGCUUUGAUUAAAUUGG